GUUAUGUAAUGUUACGCGAAAUAAAUUGUUUACCAUAUUAUACAAAAGAUCCAAGAACUCUAGUAAAGCACUGAUAAGAAUGUUUUAAAAAUGAACAUAGGAUUAAUAGUGUUGGGUGUGUUACGUGAUUUUCAGUGAAAUAAAAUCCUCACUAUACUUUCAAAAAAACUCUAUAAAAUUUACAAAAUUACAAAAAAAAACACAAAAAUUGUCGCUUUUUGUUACAUUGUGUAAUUGUAGCUUUAUAAUAAUAGUAUAUUAUUAUACGAGUUUAUAAGACGUCCUAUUGUCUCACGAGUUCCGUCGGGCUCCAAUAGAAUAAGUGCCACAAUUAAGUCUUAUAAAACGAGUGUAAUAUACUAUUUUUUCUGCUUUCUAUUUUUGUUGUUUAUUUUUGUUUAAUUUAAUUUAUCAAAAUCUGUUCAAACUAUUUCCUCUUACUUUUGUUAAUUAUUCGGGCUUUAUCGAUAAACGACUUGACCCUGCAGUCAGAUUACACAAUAAAUUACAUUUAUGACACUGCUAAUACAACUCCUAAAAAUUUACUAAAAGUAGUUGCAUAAAUGUUCUCUUUGUGAAACUAGCACUUUGAACAAAAUGUUCAUUGUGAAACCAACAUAGAAAAAAUAUAUUAAUUAAUAAUUUGACUGAAAUGUUUGAUUUUUUGCAGUAUUUUAUGUUAUAAAGUUGCUAUUUUAUGUGAUGUAGAGUUCACUAAAAUAACACUUUUACCUUGCCAGAAGAAACACUUAAGUGUUUAUUUAAAAAAAAAUAGUAAUUUUCAAUUUAUAUUUAUUGUACUAGAUCUGCCCACAAUUUUUCCUCCUCCAUUCCAAAAUUUCCCUCCGCAAUUAAUUUCGCGUCGCGUUCGCCCAAUACUCGUCCAUUUGAACCCCAAACUAUCGCACAAAACCUGGAGGGGAUUGCGCUUAUAAGCCCAACCACCCCUUGCUCGCACUUAGUCCCCAGCGCCCAACGAUGGCCCAGUGCCACGACCUCUCCUACGAAGACAGCUGCGACUCCGGUUACGACCUCUCGUUCAAAUCGGAAAGCGACGACAAGCCGGAGCCCUUCGACUACGACUUCCACCACCCGAACCCCGACCUCCUCGACACCUUCACCACCGCCUUCCACUCCACCAUCGACAGCUUCUACACGCUGUGCGCCGCCGAGGCCAAGACCUCCACCCCCGUCAAGGACAAGCCGAAGAAGCGCUACGGACGCGCCACCAGGUGCAAGAGCCCCUCGCAGAUCCUGCGCAUCAAGCGGGUUCGCAGGCUGAAGGCCAACGAUCGCGAGCGGAACAGGAUGCACAUGCUGAACGAGGCGCUGGACAGGCUGAGGUGCGUUCUGCCGACGUUUCCGGAAGACACGAAGUUGACGAAGAUCGAGACCUUGCGGUUUGCGCACAGUUAUAUCUUCGCGCUGACGCAGACUUUGAACGAUUUGGAGAAAUAUUCGAGCAGUGGUGAGUGCGUGACGGUCAAUGUGGGCAAUGUGACCGUUUCGAUUGGGAAAAGUGGGAACAGUAUCACGGCAAGGAAUGGGAAUGCGGUGGUUACGAGUGGAAGUAUCACGAAUGCGAGCUUUAUGCAGGAUUAUAAUCUGGAGGGACGGCAUCAGGACGACGGGUUUGUCGAUCAAGGAUACGCAUCAGGAAAUUUUUUCAAUAAUAAUUGUUACGGGAGUAACGAUUUUAUGUACGAAUAUUUGUAAGACUGUGUGAUAACGAUUCUAGUCAGGCCUUAAGAUGUGCUUUGUACGAAACUGUGAAAUAGAUUUAUAUUUUUAUUAAGAUUGAAAUGUAUUGCAAUAUUUUAAUAAAGAUUUAAAGUUAA